AUGACCAAAGUAGCCACAGUUCUAAUGACCCUCCUGGGUACUGCAUUCGCUCAGAUCGACAGAACCUGUAUAGACAUCGCCUUCAACUCCGAAACAAACACACUAUCGGGCAAAUGCCAGCCUCGCGAUAACUCAGGCUACAUCCCCUCCGAGCUGGACCUCAACGACUGUUUCGGCUACGACGGCACCACUAUUACAUUCAUAAAAGCUGAGCAGUUUGCUAGCCAACUUAUCAUGGAAACUUCGCUGAAAGCUGUCACGGGUGUGAGAUGUUCGUAG